CUCGGCAGAAACCUGUUCUUCCAUUAUGUGAACUCGCACUCUCAGUAACAAUUUCAGCCCCAACCAUCAUUUCUCACUCUUCUCCUCAUCUCCCCAAGAUGCCUCUUAUCUCUUGCAUUCAAUGUCUCCUCCUUCUCCUCCUCCUCCUCCUCCUCCUCUUCCUCUCCUCCAUCUCCACCGAAUCCCUCCUUUCUAAUGAGACAGAAAGUCCAGCUUUGGCGGCUAAGUCAGAGAUGCGGCCGGUGGCAACGGCGACGGUGCCGGAGUUCCGGCCGGCGGUGUUCAACGAAAGGCGUCGGCUUGGGAGAUUUCAGAUAUGUGCCCUCUGCACCUGCUGCGGAGGCCCAAAAGGCCUCUGCUUUGCUUGUCCUUGUUGCUACGCAAUAAACUGCAAUAUACCAAACAGGCCCUUCGGCUUUUGCUCAUUCAUUCCCAAGACCUGUAAUUGCUUUGGAUGCCAUCUCUGAUUUCUUUUAUUUUUUCUCUAAGACAGAGAAGCUGUUUCCAACUCAAUUUUAACCACUCUUGUUUUUCUGUCUUGAUUUGCCUUCUCAAUGCUUGUUUCUGUGUGCUUAGUUGGAGUUAUUUGGCUUCUUUCUGUGGACGUUUGUGAGUGCUUUGGGAAAAGCCAAAGCUUAUCUAUGUUGGAUUUCUUACAAAACAAAACUGUCGAAAGACAUUAGGAGAAAAAGGCUUUAGCUUUGCCUUUGUUGGUUAAGUAAAAAGCUUGGUUUGAAGGACUAUGUUGGAUGAAGGAGUUUUAGAAUGCUCAGUGAUAUGCCAUAGAUCAUUCAUCCAACGAUCUUGGAAGCUUAUUCAUGAUGCAUUUUGUUCUAACAUAUGAACCCUAAAUUUUAUUUUGUGAAGAAAA